AUGGAUUCACAGGUUUUCUUCACGGUGUGGAUGUUAACAGCUGUUGAAGGAGGGAGUGUGGAGUUCAGACUCAUCAACCCACCAUCUGCUGCCCCUGAUGGAUUCACCUGGAAUUUUGGAUCUACACAGAUAUGCACUGCCACUGGUGGUCCACCGUUCAUAUCUCCUUGUUAUCGUAACAGAGUCUCUGUGGAUCCAACAACAGCUACACUGGAGCUCAGGGACCUGACACUCAGUGACACUGGAGAGUACAACCUAAAUAUUGUUAUUAAUAGUGUGGAAAACAAUGCAGCAGCGACACUGACAGUAUUUGAGAGAAUCUCCAGUGUGACACUAGUAGCCAGUCAUACUGACCUGGUUGAGUUCAACAGCUCUGUCACUCUCACAUGCUCCGCCUCUGGCUCUCCCACUUCAUUCCAAUGGUUUAACAGGAGUGAUGAGGUCACAGGAAGUGAUGGAGGGACUCUGACCAUAGAGAGUGUGACUCGCUAUGAUACUGGGCCAUACAAGUGCAAUGCAUCCAACAUCGUCAGCUUUGGAAUGAGCUCUGAGGUCACUAUGACCAUUGCCUAUGGCCCAGACACUGCUGACAUUAGAGUGACACCUGCCGAGGAGUUCUACAGCUCAGGAUCUACUAUCGUCCUGUCCUGCUCCUCUGAGUCCAGCCCUGCUGCCCAGAUCCAGUGGGCUCUGAAUGGAACCCUGCUGGGUAGAGAGGGACCAGAACUCAGACUGGAGAAUGUUCAGCCCAGUCAGAGUGGAGAAUACACCUGCUGGGCCCAUAAUAGUAAAACCCUGAGGUAUAAAUUGUCAUCACCAACAAGCGUCACUGUGCUGGAGAGAAUAUCUGAGCCUGCCAUUACAAUGUCUGGUCCUGAACAACUGAUAGCAAAUAAAAGUUCUGUGAGUUUAACCUGUGAAGCCAAGGGCUUUAUCACUACCAGGGAGUGGAUGAAGGAUGGAGAGACUUUGUCUCCUUGCAACAGAAUCACCUUCAGUGAAGACAACAGAACAGUGUCCAUCAGCGUAGUACUGGAAGAAGACGAGGGAGAAUACAAAUGUCGACUCAGCAGCCCUGUCAGUAAUGAAGAGGCCUCAAAACAACUGACUGUGGGAGAGUGA